ACACGAAAUACGACAGAACAGCCUCAUACGUACCUGCUAUGUAGUGAUUUGUUAACGGUCGUCGGGCACCCUCGGAGUCAUACAGAUGACAGCACCGAUUUGAAGAUUAUGACCCUCAUGUGUGGGCACGGGGCUGCCGAGAAAGGCUCGGUGUGGCCGACCGCUCGCUCUAGCUAUGAACACCAACCCGAGUAUAAGUAGAGCAAUCAUCGCAGCUUUCAUUGCCAUGUUCUAUCCGUCGCUUUAUCACCUCUCCUUUCAUCAUCGUGACUAUCGUAGUAUUGAGCAGCAACUCACAGGUCACAACUUGGAGUCCAUCAUCACCCCUUAAGCAACAACAACAACCCAUCACCACCCCCUUAAACAACCAACACCAACCACUCAUCAAAAAAUGUCCCACCACAUCCCAUCCACCUCCCAACCUCACCAAGGCCCCGCCGACAUCCCCCCGUCCAUCUCGGACCUGCACUGCUUCACCGAGACCAACGGCGUCAUCACCACCACCAUGUUCGACGUGCCCGGGUACCGUGUCGUCCGGGUACUGGGCGCCGUCUACGGGCUAACCGUGCGCUCACGCAACUGGGCCGCGGGGCUGGGCAUGGUGCUCAAGAGCGUUGCCGGAGGCGAACUGCGGUGGUUCACGAGCAUGAUGUAUAGUGCGCGCAACGACGCCAUUUCGCGCGUCGUGGCCGAGACGCAGGCGCGGGGCGGCAACGCCAUCAUUGCGCUGCGCUUUGAUGCCGGCGAGCUGGGCGGGUUCGCCCAGGUGUGCGCUUAUGGGACGGCGGCGAUUAUUGAGAAGAUUGAAGGGGAGCAGGUGGAGGUUCCGCCUCAGUUGAUUUCGUCUUGAGGGAUUGGCUGUCACUUCAGUCCGCAUUGUUUGUCUGUGUUUUGCCUGACUGGAAGUUUAUGGGUGGGUGGGUGGCAUACUUCAGGGCCUGGUGGGAAGCUGUUUCAGGGGGUUAUAAGCUCGUUCUGCAUUUUUGUUUGCAAGAUACUAUAUCAUAUACCCAUACAUACACACUUUGAAGACGAAUAUGUAAUUCCUUAUGCCAAACAC